UAAUGUAUUCGGUUAAAUCCCUCACGAAAGUGUAAAAUAUAUAUGCGAUGCCAUAAGUAAACUUGAUUGAAUGCAAAAUAUUAUUUUAACAUUCUUUACACUUCAAUGCAGCAAUUUUAAGAAGCAAUAAAUAAAUAAAAUAAAUUAAACAAUGACAAAGUGAAAUAAAAAAAUAAACAUUCUUUGCUUUCAUUGAUGUGCCAUUGUCACUUGAGUAACGGGUGCGCACGUCAACUGUCCAAAAGAAAAAAGUGUAAAAUAUUCAGCAGAAGCAAUAACAUUUGUGCGCGGUGUCGUCAUCGUAGACAAACAGACAAAUAGACAAAUAUAUAUAUGUAUGUGUAAACAUUUAAUUCGCGCUACUAAGAUAAACACGUAGAACAACAAAACAUCGUAAACAACAGCAAUAACAGCAACAACACGACAAAUCAAACAUUACCGGAAUGUGGCGUAGCACACACGUUAAUAUCGAUAUUACAAAUAAUGGAGGGAGUGGCGCUGCUGGUGGUGUUGGUGCUAAUGCUAGUGGGGGCGGCAUACAGCGCAGCACAUCUACCCAGUUUCAAAAACAUCAUCAACAACAACAACAACAACAACAACAGCAACAGCAGCAGCAAAAGCAUGCACAUCAAUCACAUUACAUUGAUGGCACAACAACACCUGUUGGCGGUAUCGGUGUGACCUCAAAACAAAUGAUGUCCCAAUUGCAACGCGAUCGCUUCUCCUCCUCACAGGCCAUACUACAAGAUGCUAUUGCCGAAUCGAAGAUAAGUUUACAUGUGAAUUAUCGGCAUAGUGGCGUCAAUGGUAAUAGCAGCAAUAGUAGUAGUAAUAUUAGCAACAACAACAACAAUAAUAAAUCCGAUCAUCAUAGCGGUGCCAUAUCCGUACAAACACGUCCACGUCCCAUCUCCAUGUACGAACAAUAUCGACCGCGACCAUAUAGCGCCGCCUUGGAUUCUCCAACACCACCAACACCGCUAACGCCAGCAGCAGCAGCAACAGCUGCAGCUAAAGCGCUUGGACGCAGUGAGAGUUUUUAUUAUGGUGAGAGCGCACAAAAUCUGGCUGCGAUGCGGCAGCAACAACAUCAUCAACUUCAAUUUCAACACAACAACAACAGCAGCAGUAGCAGCAACAGCAACAACACCAAAACACAUCAGCUACAACAGCAACAUUUUUAUGCUAAGCAAAUGCAGGCAUCUAGCGUUGGCGGCGGAAAAGCGCCAGCACGUCGUACAAAUCUACGUCAAAGCCCCAGCGAACUGAAAGUCGAUCCUGAGCUUAUUUUCACUAAACAAGAAAGAAUCGGGAAAGGUUCCUUUGGUGAGGUUUUUAAAGGCAUCGACAAUCGUUCGCAACAGGUCGUGGCUAUAAAAAUAAUUGAUUUGGAAGAGGCAGAAGAUGAGAUCGAAGAUAUACAACAGGAAAUCAUGGUACUGUCACAAUGUGACUCACCGUUUGUUACGAAAUAUUACGGAUCGUAUCUUAAGGGUACAAAGCUAUGGAUAAUAAUGGAGUAUCUAGGUGGCGGUUCGGCGCUGGAUCUAAUGAAAGCUGGUUCUUUCGAGGAAAUGCAUAUAGCAAUUAUAUUGCGAGAAGUAUUAAAGGGUCUGGACUAUCUGCAUUCGGAACGCAAAUUACAUCGAGACAUUAAAGCGGCCAAUGUAUUGUUAAGCGAAAUGGGUGAUGUUAAGUUGGCUGAUUUCGGUGUUGCCGGACAGUUAACGAAUACAACGUCGAAACGUAAUACAUUCGUUGGUACGCCAUUUUGGAUGGCACCCGAGGUGAUAAAACAAUCAAUGUACGAUUCCAAGGCGGACAUUUGGUCACUGGGUAUUACAGCAAUUGAAUUGGCUAAAGGUGAGCCACCCAAUUCGGAGUUGCAUCCAAUGAGAGUAUUAUUUUUGAUCCCGAAAAAUAAUCCGCCACAAUUAACCGGAAAUUAUACGAAAUCUUUUAAAGAUUUCGUGGAAGCGUGCCUUAAUAAGGAUCCAGAAAAUAGACCGACAGCCAAGGAACUAUUGAAAUAUCCUUUUAUCAAGAAAGCCAAGAAGAACUCGUACCUUAUUGAUUUAAUUGACCGUUACAAGAAGUGGAAACUUCAGAAGGGCGAUGAAAGUGAAACAGAAUCGGAGAAUUCAGAUUCUGACGAAUCGAAGCCGGGUGGCAAUAAUGAUGAACCGUGGAUUAUGACCGUUAAAGGUCUGAGCAUUAAUAAUGCGCUUCGCGCUGAACCGAUUGCUAAUAGCAGUUUUAAGGAUAUGGAACACAUGAAAUUAACACAGAAAUUAUCACAAAACAGUGGAUCAACGCCGAUAGCUAUUAAUGCGGCCAAUAAACACUAUCCAAACAGUGGCGCAACAGCGGUAGCGCUGUCAGCCACAUCCACAUCACAGCAGCAGCAACUGCACGACAAUAUGGCGGGCAGUCCGCCCGGUAUGCCAUCCGUAUUGUCAGGUACAUCAUCAUCAUCAUCAUCGUCGUCCGCAGCUACGCAACGUGAUAACAAUUUAAAUCAUUACAAACAAACAGCCGCAUCGGCUGGCGUUUUACGUUCGUCCAGCUCAAAUAUAGCACAUCAACAACAACCGCUCAGUCCAACACAUAAGCAAUCAUCAGGCAGUCAAGAGCUGUUAUCCUCUUCGAGUGGUAGCAAUUCACCAAACGCGGAUGGUGGCAUGAAGAAGAUCAGUAACAGCAGCAGCAGCAAUACGGUCUACCAGGAAUCGAAAUCGAAUUUGAGGCAAAGUCGUUCCGCUUCACUAGAUGAGGAGCACGAACAGCGGCGUUCAUCGCUCAUCGAGCAUGCCAAAAGUGAAGAUCAAUUACGUGAAGAGGAGUCGCGUGUGCAACGUCGUAGUAUGCAUGCAUCGGGUGUGUCAUCGAAUUCAACGCCAAUGCUUAGUUCAAGUUCGAGUGGCGGCAAUUACAAUGGCAAUGCAGUAUUGUCAAACAGUACGCAUGGUGAUCGGUCGUCGUAUGGCGCUGCGUUGGAGGUGUCGGCAUCACCGUCCGCCUCAGCUGCAGCUGUGUCGUCCAGUAAUUCAAAUCAUAAGCUGGGUGGCAAUCGUGUAAUGCAAACAAAUAGCGCAUGCCUGAAUAAUUUCCUCUUCCCCGUUCUUACAGACAUUCAACGAAAGUAUGCCAAUUCGAGCAAAAAUUCAAAUGUCACAGACAUUGGGGAUUUGAAGUCCGUACUUGAAUUGGCGGAACGUAGCAGUCCAGGUGUGAGUGAUUUGUUCCUCAAAGAGAUAAUUCACAAAUUAGUUCCAGGCUACUCAGAGACGCGUAUUAAUAAUAUAAUGGACAGGGCUAUAAGAAAUAAGAAGUAAACGAACACAAUGGUACAUGGACUGAUUUUUAAAUAAAAAUAAUAACAACAACCAAUAGAUAUCUAGCAGUUAUGAUAUUUAUAAAACAAAGAAUACCAUAUUUUCGGAGAUUGGAACAUGUGCAUAUAAAUAUGUAUACAGUAGUAGCAAAUAAAUAAGAAAUUGCGUCAAAAAAUGCGCAAUAAAUCGAUAUCUCUUUGAAUGAAAAGAAUUAAAUCCAUACCUAAAUAAAUUUAAAUAUAUUUAAAGGAAAUUUAACAAAACAUAAAAAAAGAACUAAACAAACAAAGAGAAAGAAAGCAACAGUGUACCCGCAAUAUUGUUUGUUAUGAUAGUGUAAUAUUUAUUGGAUUCCAAAUAAAUCGUUGCCGUACGCAAAAUGUGCGCCGACGAGCUGUUA